AUGAAGGUAUUUGUUUUAUAUUUGUUAUCGGUCUAUAGUUUAAAUCGCAUGAUAGUAGAUUCGCGUGUAGGAAGAUCUGAGAUAACUAAUGGUCUUAUUUCACUUUUAACAUUGGAUUUUAAAUUGAUGGAUUGGGAUAGUGAGAGGACAACAGAAGGUUGUGAACAGAGGAUAGUCAAAAGUUGUGAACAGAAGAUAGUCGAAGGUUAUGAACAAAAUAUAGUCGAAAGUUGUGAACCUACUGAAAUUUUGGAUGAUGAAAGGAAAGUUGAAGAAACUUUAUCAGAAAAAUAUGUAAGGCCGGUGUUGACUGCAAUUUUUAGAGCUGAGCAAUUGUGCGCAGUAUUUAACUUUUUCUUUAAGUAA